GUCGUAUACCGACCAUUGCAGGCCUCUAACCAAUUCAUCAUGGCUGCUUGCUUCUCGCCAUGUGCUCAUCCACAAAUUAAAAAAAAUUCCAGCCUAUUGUCUGAGUUUGCACUUGCGUUUUUCCGACGAUCGUUGAACUCGUCCUUGGUACAUUUCGUCAAUAAUUUAAAUUCGUGAUUCCUCAUGAACGAAGAAGUGGAAUUGCGAUCGAGAGUGGAUGAAUAUUUCUUAAUGUUCGUAUCCCAUGACGAAUCCACGGGCACUGAAAAGGUGACAGCGAAACGAGACCUUGAACACAGCCUCGAAUUACUCUUGUCUCACCUUCCCCAUAAAAGGAAAUUCCAAUUUCCGAAAGUCAGUGCCAUUUUUCAAGUAGACGUUGAGAAUCCUGAAUGCAGGGCAUCUCGCAGCAUCAGAGCGUGGGAUGCUCUUGCGAAGUACUGCAUGAACCUUCUCUCGCAACCUUGGAGGAAAGAGUACCAAACAUUGCGACUGUACAGUGGAUAUGUGAAGCACAAUGUGACAAACAUCCUGAUAUCCGGCGAGGACAUGUUUUAUUUGAUGGGCUACGAACCCCUGCAACGGAGGCGGAACAGCCAGACUCUGAUCAUGAAAGGACCAGUGGAUCCAGAUCUUCUCUCUCUUCUUUCACUGGAUUGCCUGAGUGCUGUUGUGGAGUUACGGAUGUUGAGGAUUUGGGAGACGGUGGGGCAGGCGGUGACAUGGUACGACGUGGUGGAAGCCCGUAAGGAAUUCGUCGGAUCUCCCGGACACACUGCCCAGGUCCUGGCACAUCGGUUGCGGGAAAAGUCAGGGGGCGGAGGACACUUGGCACUUCUACCCGACCAGCUCUACUCGGGAGGGGUUCCUGUCGGGAACCUGCUGGACCUGGACGGAUCCAUGUACCAGCCCCGGACCAUGGAUGAGCACGUCAGGGAUUCCUACCACUAUGUAACUCACGGUGGGCAGUGGAUGUGUCCUGAUGGUCACCUGGUGGUUCAUGGUGACCGUAGAACCUGCUCCGUGUGCGGACGCUCGCGUCCCAACGACCUUUUGUAAAAAUUGUUUUUUAAUUUUCACUUUCAACCCCUUUCCUGUGCCAAAGAAAACCCAAAGGGGUUCAACGUUUGCGGUAUCCACCUCCUUUCAAUCCUUCCACAGUCGCAUGACUGUCCUUUUUUACCGUCCCUGUGAAACUCACUUAUUGAAUACAGACGUUGGUGCUUUCA